AUGGGGCCUGGCCUGGUCCUGCGAGGCCUGGUUUGGAUGCUGCUGGGGGCGCCCCUGGUCUCCGGAGCAGAGAGGAGGCUCCGGACCCCUGCUGCCCACUUCUUAUACCAGGAGAAGCACGAGUGCCGCUUCGCCAACGGGACGGCGGGCCAGGUGCGCUACCUGUACCGCGACUUCUGGGACCGGCAGGAGUGCUGGCGCUUCGACAGCCGCCUCGGGCGCUUCGUGGCCGUCGCCCCGCUCUGCGAGAGGGACGUCGAGCGCUUCAACCGCGACCCGCAGCAGCUGCAGUACCGGAUGGCCCUGGUGGACUCCUACUGCCGCCACAACUACGCGAUCUACGAGGGCUUCUUCCACAGCAGGCAGGUUCAGCCCCUGGUGAGGAUCUCCCCCACCAAGGCAGAGCCCCUGGCCCACCAUACCCUCCUCCUCUGCACGGCGGCAGGAUAUUACCCCUCGGAGGUGGUCAUCAAGUGGCUGAAGAAUGGGCAGGAGCAGACUGAGGGGGUGGGGUACGCAGAUGAGAUCCAGAACGGAGACUGGACCUUCCACGCCCAGGCCAUGCUGGAGACGGUGCCCAAGCGGGGGGACGUCUACGCCUGCCAGGUGGAGCACAGCAGCCUGACUGACCCCAUCACUGUGCAGUGGGAGCCCCAGACGUCGGACUCCGCCAAGAGCAAAGUGUGGACGGGAGCCGUGGGGGCCGCGCUGGGGGUGGCCUUUGUGGCCGGGGGGCUCUCCUUCUACCUGAGGAACAGGAAAGCGAGUCCUCUCCAACCUCCCGCAGCCCUCAUCAGUUAA